CUACACUCUAUAGUCUUAACUGUUCUUGCUCUUAUUCUCAUCCCUUGUCUCUUCGGUCCAGGAAAUUAAGUGUUCCCCUUUCCUUUAAAAGUCCAAGUGUUCCCCUUUCCUCCAAAAAUUUCAACAGACUUAUCAAAAGCGCAGCUUCUGAUCAGCACCAUGAAAAAGAUGAGAGGAACGAGAUAAGUGGUACACUUGGAGAGAAAGAGAACCAAGGGACAAUGCCAAAACAUGUGGCAAUCAUAUUGGAUGGAAACAGACGUUGGGCCAAGAAAGAAGGGCUCACGAUACCAGAAGGUCAUGAAGCUGGAGGCAGAAGAGUCUUGGAAAUGAUUAUGGACUUUUUCAGUGUGGGGAUAAACACUGUUUCACUCUUUGUUUUCUCCACGGAAAAUUGGAGAAGACCCGAGGAUGAAGUUAACUACCUGAUGGACAUGUUUAAAUUUUUUUCCAAGACGGAGAUACCUUUCUUUCAAAGAAACAAAAUAAAGAUUUCUGUUAUUGGAAACCGGCUAAAUAUCCCCACGUCGCUUCUAGAAGGGAUACAAGAGAUAGAAGAAGCUACAAAGAACUACGAAGGGAAGCAAAUCAUUAUGGCGGUAGACUAUAGUGGAAGGUUUGAUAUCUUACAAGCAUGCAAAAGUCUUGCUGAAAAGACAAAAAAAGGAUUGAUCCAAGUGGAGGACAUCAAUGAAAAGUUAAUUGAAAAUGAGCUAAUGACGAAGUGUAGUGAGUUCCCAAACCCUGACCUAUUGAUCAGAACGAGUGGAGAACAAAGGAUCAGUAACUUUUUCCUAUGGCAAUCAGCUUACACUGAGCUCUAUUUUCCUACUGUUCAGUGGCCUGACUUCAGCAAGGCUGAGUAUUUUGAGGCCUUGACUUGGUAUCAGCAGAGGCAGAGGCGAUUCGGUCGAAGAGUCUAAACUUUGAAUUUCAUUCUCACUAAUAAAAUGUUCAAUUACGGAACAUGUGCCUUUGUUUUACGUUUAAUAGUUUAAAGCUAGUCUUUAAACCCGCGUGGGUCUUGUUUUAUUUUAUGUUGUAAAUUAAGUGGUGGUAACCUAGUGGCA